AGGAGGAGGGGGAGCAGCGCCGCCGCCGCCGCCGCCGCCGCGGGCGGGCCCGUCCCCCAGCGCCCCCCCCGAACACCAUAGGCGGCUCCGGCUCCAAGAUGUCCAACCGGGUGCUCUGCCGGGAGGCCAGCCACGCCGGCAGCUGGUACACGGCCUCAGGACCCCAGCUGAAUGCACAGCUAGAAGGUUGGCUUUCUCAAGUACAAUCCACGAAAAGACCUGCAAGAGCCAUUAUUGCACCCCAUGCAGGAUAUACCUAUUGUGGAUCUUGUGCAGCCCAUGCUUACAAACAAGUGGAUCCCAAUAUCACCCGAAAAAUUUUCAUUCUUGGGCCUUCCCAUCACGUGCCCCUCUCCCGAUGUGCACUUUCCAGUGUGGACAUUUACAGAACACCUCUGUAUGAUCUUCGAAUUGACCAAAAGAUUUAUGGAGAAUUGUGGAAGACUGGAAUGUUUGAGCGUAUGUCCCUACAGACAGACGAAGAUGAACACAGUAUUGAAAUGCAUUUGCCUUAUACUGCUAAAGCCAUGGAAAGCCAUAAGGAUGAGUUUACUAUUAUUCCUGUGUUGGUCGGAGCACUGAGUGAGUCAAAAGAGCAGGAAUUUGGAAAACUCUUCAGUAAAUACCUAGCUGAUCCUAGUAAUCUCUUUGUGGUUUCUUCUGACUUUUGCCAUUGGGGUCAGAGGUUCCGUUACAGUUACUAUGAUGAAUCCCAAGGAGAAAUUUAUAGAUCCAUUGAGCACCUAGAUAAAAUGGGUAUGAGCAUUAUAGAGCAGCUAGAUCCUGUAUCUUUUAGCAAUUACUUGAAGAAAUACCAUAAUACAAUAUGUGGAAGACAUCCUAUUGGAGUGCUAUUAAAUGCUAUCAACGAGCUCCAGAAGAAUGGAAUGAAUAUGAGCUUUUCAUUUUUGAAUUACGCUCAGUCGAGCCAGUGUCGAAACUGGCAAGACAGCUCAGUGAGUUAUGCAGCUGGAGCACUUAUGGUCCACUGAACUGCUGAAUGCUCAGGGAUGGCACCUGCACACACUCUGUAUUCGGGGUCCCAGCCUAGCCCUUACAAAGAUACAGUCUCUGGUCUUUGGGUAUACUGAAACCUCAAACUAAUAGAACUCUGUUCUUUUCUAGUAGGUGUAGUCCUUCCUUAGUUUCAACUCAUUUAAAAAUGCUUUCUUGUUUAGGACAAUGGAAGGAAGACUGGUAUCAGAGCUUUUUGUGAGAGUUGUUUUUUUUCUUUGGAAAAGAUAAUGGCUGUGAAGACAUGGUGGUAGACUGUCCUUAAAAAUACAACAUGUAAAGCAUUUACCAUAUCCUAAAUUUGCACUCUUUGCAGACCUGUGCACAUAUACUCCGCUUUCAGAAUAGUUUUGCAAGUUGUAAACGGAAAAAGGGGGGAAAAGGGGGUGGAAGCUUUUUAAUAAAAGAAAAAAAGGAAAACAACGCAUUUAUAAAUGAUUCUGUAUUAGAAUAUAAUAAAACUCCAGUAUAGACAGUUACUACCCGUGAUGUACAACAGAUAUCUUCUAUUUUAGUUGCUAAUAAAGGGCUACACAAACCAAAA